UUUCGUGACGGAGGAAGGCUGGAAUGGCCACUCUCAAAUUUCUUUCUGUAUAUAGGAAUAAUUUAGGUUAUGAUGAGAAAUGUAACAUACACAGUAGAGUAAGUUGCUGACGGACAAGGCGCGAUGUGACUUCCGAAAUGAAUGGAGCAAGACCGAUGUGCACGUUUAAGUUGCGCGACUCUUUUCGACGUAUUGUCACGAGGAAGAGAGAAUAAUUUUAGGCGAAGCGAUUGUUCACUCGGUUGUCUUUUGUAGUUCACAAUUUUAGAGCUUUGUAUCUUGUUCAAUUCGGCGAUAACUUUAUUAGUGUGUUCCUCACGGUGACAGUCUUUACUUUCCUAAUUUCCAUGUAGCUAUAAUUAUUCUCUAUAAUUAUUCAGCACAAAUUAGGAUGAUUCAAAAUAUUCUGCCGACCUUCAACAUUUGAAACGCUCUCUGAUACGAAAGAUGGUAGAGAAAAUUCCACUGCGGAAGACCAUCGCUCGAUUGGAUUUUCCAGCGAUUAUAGCCUUUGGCAAUCCUUUGCUGGAUAUUUUUGUGAUACUGAAAAAUGAUGAGCUGAUUAAGAAGCACAAUCUUAAGAUAGACAGCGAAACAGAGUUGUGCGAGAAGAAUCUGCAAGAGUUAAUCACGGAUUUGCCAUCAGAGAUAGAACAAUAUACAAAUCCCGGAGGAUCUGCGCAGAAUACAUUGAGAAUCUUGCAAUGGCUCUGUGACGAGACCCACGAGUCCCAAAUCAGUAUUUUCUACGGAAGUCUUGGAAAUGAUCAAAGAGGUUCGAUCUUAGAAAAAUUAGUUCGACUUGCAGGAGUAGACGCAAGAUACACCAUACAUCCGACUUUGCCUACUGGAUUAUGCGUUUCUCUUGUGUAUGAUACGUCUCGCAGUCUCGUUGCUAAUAUUGGUGCAGCUAGUGUAUAUACGUUGGAUGAUCUUAAAAAGGCUAAUCUGCAAUUAGAUAGUAUUAAAAUAAUUUACAUCGAAGGCUAUUUCGUAACGCACAGUUUAGAUGUGGCCAAGGAACUGGUCAAGCGGGCGCAGGAGAAGAAUAUUAUUGUAGCGUUCAAUCUUAAUUCUUUUUAUAUAUUCCAGGAUCAUCAAGCGGCCAUUUGCGAAAUGGUCGGUCACGCUAAGAUCGUGUUCGGUAAUGUGAGGGAAAUGAUCGCGCUAGCUCAGGCAUUGAAUGUGAAAUACGACGAUGUUGUUGAUAUACCUUUCCUAUUGAAUAGUUUAAAAAGAAUUACGAUGGAUGUUUCUAGCGCUAAUAGUAAGGACUGGUUGGCCGACGAUGGUAUAUUCAUCAUGACACGCGGUGGAUGCGCGCCAGCGAUUAUCGUGUGGGGCAGAGGACAAUCCGUUCAGGUGCAGCCCAUCGUGCCUAAGACACCUAUUGUGGACACAACAGGCGCCGGCGAUGCUCUGGCGGCUGGCUUCCUAGCCGGCGUCUUGGCUCACUGGGAUCCGAAGAGUUGCCUAGAAUUAGGAUGCAAAGUUGCGUCUUGCAUGAUAACCAAGCUCGGCAUCACACUGCCGAGCGACAUGCCUCCUGACUUUCUGCCAUAACGAUUUGAUCUCUCUAGGACGCUAAUGACUCGUUACCUGAACGUAAUUGCAUACGGUUAUUUAUUGCCUGAAAGUUCUAUUAGCAUAGAUAACUAGCAUUCCUCAUCGAUGUUACAUCCAUAUUCCAUUAAGGGGAUCCUAAAGUCGUUUGUUUUAUCGCAAUAAUUUUUUGAUUGAAUGUAAUAAUUUUCAUAGAACGAUAUCGCACAUAUUAUUUUUACAGAUUUGGAAAUCUCCUUCUCCAGAAUUAAAGUAUAUCCAUUAAUAUAAUAUAUAUGGAAUUUAUAUCGAUAGUUUUGAAAUUGAUAUCUUUUUACCAUUUUUAGUGUCAAAUGGCGUGUAAAGCUGUCGAGACAUUUAUUUGAUAUAAAAGUUCUACAAUCUGUAUUUACGAAAUUGAAGUCUACAGACUAUUAGAUUACAUGAAGAAAUAACGUCGAAUUUUUAGAGUUAGACUCUAGUUUCAAGAAUUAGAAAAAGAUGAAGAAUAAAUCGAACUGAGAAUAAAGUUAAUCUACAUUGGUAGAAACGGGCAUUAGAUAUCUAAUUCUAUACAGUAUCGUUCUACGAAAAUUUAUGUAUGUGUGUAUGUGUGUGUGACAUUAGUAGUAUAUAAAGAUGCGUUGAUGUGUCGCAUUUUAUUGGUAAACGAUGUUGUUGGAAUUCGACCUUCAGUUUAAGAUCCCCUUAAGCCAGUGUCAUAUGAUGUAUAUUUUUUUGUUUGAUUGCUUAUAUUUUAGUAAAUUACUAGAAAUUAUGUGCUCUGUAUGAUGCAAUUCUAGUAAUCUACUAGAACGUGAACAAUUUAGCAAGAAAAUGUGCCGCUCGUGUAUCGCUGGCUUCAGAUAUUUAUUUGAUAUUGAUUUUAUUUAUAGCAGAAAUGCGCGUAUAUCGCGAAGUUAUAUUUGAGAAAAUUUUAUUUAUUAAAGACUACAUCUCGUUAAAUCCGAGUCGUCAGACCAUACAUUUUUAAAUGCAACAAUUGUAUUAUUAUUAUUAAUUGAUACAAAGUAAUAGGGAGAAAUAUUAGAGAUUUCCCUUGAUAAUCGUUGCCACUAUAGAUCUGUAGUUUAUCUACCUGUUGCAAUGUCCAGAAAUGUGUAACAGAGUUUGUAAUUAACAUUUAUAUAAUAAGUUUCCCUUUCUAUUUUUUUAUUAUAAAGUAUAGAGUAAUGUGUCAAUGUUGAUUGUCAUACAUAUAUAUAGAUAUGUAUAUGUACAAAUAUAUGCAAGGAAAUGUUA